CUCUCUCUCUCUCUCUCUCUCUCUCUCUCUCUCUCUCUCUCUCCACAAAAAAGAAAUGACGUAACUCUUCUAAUUUUUAAUAAAUAAAGCUUCGCACGAUUUUAUCUGCGCUUCUCCAUGUAAUUUAUACAUAAACGUACGUUCGAAGACGUAAGAAAGAAAAAGAAAAGAAAGAAGAAAAAAACACAGAAAAGAAAAUGAAAAUGAAAAAGAAAAAGACAAGAAAUAUUGAGAGAAUCGAAUCCGAAUAUAUCGGACGCGUGCCGUCGAGCCGAGGCCAAGUUAAUAACGAAACGAAAAUAAUUUUCGAAAUAGCAACGACGACACAUUUUAUUCUUCGAGUCGCUACUUUUUCAUAAUUUAUUUUUACAUUAUUUCCUUUUUUUUUCUAUUUUUUUCCUUUCUUUCAUUCUUUCUUUUUUGUUCUUUUUUGUUAAACAACGAUCUUCUCGUCCGCAAAUGAACGUUCCUGAUGAGUGACGUUCGUUUACUUUAAUUACGAAGUGGGAGGUUAAUUCGGAUUAAUUUAAUUAAAAUCGAUGUAAUUACAUAUUCGAGUAAUAAACGACGCGAGAAUUAUAAUGGGUUGGUUAAUCGGAUAAACGUAAAGAGAAAACACAGGAACGUUUUGAUGCACGGAGGCGGGGGAUGGGGCACGGGAGACGAGGGUGGCAAUGAAAGAAACAUAUAACAUACAUAGCCACACGUGACAUACAAAACAUACGAAACAUACAUUAAGCAAACAUACCAUAUACGAUAUAUAUAUACAUAUAUAUAUGUAUUUUGUACUCACUCUGCACACCGAGAUCCACCAAAAAGAAAAUAUUCGAGAUGCUUGCCGGUUUCUUCGUCUAACGCUUAAAAAUCUCCUUUUAUUAAAAGAAAAGUCCACACAAGAAAAUACGAAUCGCACAAGGCACAUAAUACACAAAGAAAAGGAAACACGAAUGAGAUAUAACGAGGAACUACCGAUUCGAGAGUUCGCAUUUCGAGAAUCGCAAGCAAAAUCUCGAAUCGAUCAAUAUAGUGAAAUCUUUAUAUACAUAUACAUACGUGUGAAGUACAUGUAUGUAUGUAGCUCUUCGAUUGGAUAACAAUACUUCGCGUUGAUUGGACGAAAGGAUCGAAAGAAUAUAUCGAAUAUUAUAUAAAAAAGAACAAAGAAAACGACAUUAUUAAGUAUGGAUGCGUUUACGAUUAGAAGUGUUACAAAUUGCCUUUCACUAGGCGCCAAAUACAAAAUUAUUGAUCUUUCGAUCCUAUUUGCCUUGUACGAUUUAUAUUAUAUCACCAUUUUCUUGUCGACUUUCCUCACCGUAAUCCUUUUUAUCGCGUAAUUUUUUACGCAUAAACGAACAACGUACCCGUAUGCCACGUAUUCAGUGCACUUGCAGUGAUCUAUUUUUUUACGAUGAACAAACAACACAUAACCCUUCAAUCCGUGUUCCUCGAAGUAGAAAAGAUCGCCGUCUUUUUCUUAAUAAUACUAAUAAUACUAAUAAUAAUAAUAAUAAUAAUAACAACAAUAAUAAUAAUAAAUAAUAAUAAUAAUUAAUAAUUAAUAAUAAUAAUAAUAAUAAUAAUAAUAAUAAUAAUAAUAAUAAUAAUAAUCCAGCAACGGUGUACGCGUAUUGUGAUCCAAGUGUCUCACGGUCUUGCUAAUAAUAAGUAAACAAAAUGAAGCUAAAAUUAAUUAUUAUAUUUCUUAGGAUUAUAUCUCCCGAAUAAUUAAGAGGCGCAUCAUAGUGAUCUCUUUUCGUGUACGAUGUUCGCUGUAAUUUAUUAGACACGCAACGGUUACCAAAGAGAGAGAAGCGAUUUAUACAUAUAUAUAUAUGUAUAUAUAUAUAUAUAUAUAUUAAUUAUAUUAUAUAUAUAUAUGUAUGUAUGUAUGUAUAUGUCGUUUGUUAUAGGUUUAUUUUUACGUAUUCUAUAUCGACUCAUUUACAAAUUAAUGUUAUUUCACACGGUUUACUUGUGGAACGAGCUGAUAAUUGCGGUGCACACAGUUAUCGCAUUUUGCAAUUAAAUACUAAUGUUUGUCAUGCUACGACUAUAAAUUAUUAUGUAUUAUUAUAAUGGGGUAAAAGAAAGAAGGAAUGAAAGAAAGAAGAGUAAGAAGAAGAAGAAGAAAAAGAUAAGAUACGUAUGUCGUUACUUUUCAAGCAAACGAAAGAAAGAUAACGAUGCGGAUAGGAGAUGAAAAUGAAUUGUAACAUAUUUGUUGAUGGCCAAUAUCAAAUAUGUAUAAAAGUAAUAAUAAUAAUGCAACAUUACUAAUAAACAAAUAUUACUAAAGUCGUCGCAUUUUAAUCCUUCAUCGAUUGUAUAUCAUCGAUUGUAUGUAUCAUCGAUCCAUUUUCGCGUCUUACAAAAAAGUUUAUUUUGUUUAUUUGUUUAUUCGUUUCUAAACGUCGAAUCUUUCUUUUGAAAUCAACGAUUUAAGGAGGAUAAAGAAGAUGGAGUGGGGCAAUACGAUAUUUGUAUAACUGUCGCGAACUACGCAUGAAAGAAUAGAAAGGAGAGAAAUUAACUACUUUGAAGAAAUCCUGUCGAGGUGACGCAUUGUAUGUUUUUAUAUAUGAAAAAUGUCCCAUUUAGAAGAGAAAAUAUAUUAAUAAAGAAGGAAGAAAGAUCAAUGAUCAUAGAAUAGACAAUGACUAUGGGAUGACAAGUUACGGUUAUGUUGCUUUCAUCAGUGAAUAUCUCCGAUAUUAAAGUUAAUAGUCUUUUGUAAAAUCAAAUAAAUAUGACAAAGCGAGCUUGUCCUUACGAGGAAAAUUUACUUCCUCAAUUAAAAAUACACGUGGGACAAAGAGAAAUUGAUAAUGGAAUUGCCGAAAAAGAACGAAUGAAGCAAGUUUAUGAUAAAACCUUGAAUUUACUAAAAGAAGGUGUUAAAGAAUAUUCACAGAGUUCGAAUACCAGUCAAAUGGAGUUAACUGAAUUACCAUUAACAAAAAUAACUUCUCGUGAAAUGAAGCCUGAACGUUCAAAACAAAUGAUUUUAAAUAGUAAAUUACAAUUAGAAACCAGUAAUAAAAUCAUAUCAGAUGCACAAGUCGAUCUUUGUGGAUGUUGCAGAAUAAUAGAUUCAAGUUCAACAAACAAAUGUUUUUACUGUGAUCAAGUAUUAUGUUCCUUUUGUUUAUGUCAGUGUAUCAAAUGUUGUGAGCUAUUCUGUCAAAAUUGUUCUUUACCCAUAUAUGAUACUGAACGAAAUCAUGUGUGUCUCAAUUGUUAUUAUUGAUCAAACAUAAAAUGCUAAGUUUUAUAUUUUA